UGAGGACAGCGGAUGACAGAUGAUGCGCACUCUGCUCCUGGCUGAGGACAGAGCGCGCGGUGCAGGCAGGACGCACAGCACAGCUCACACAUCCAUACAGACGGACACACACUGUAUGAUCCUUCCUGUGUAAAGUGGAAAUGGAGCUAAAGUAGGCGCGAUACCAGGCUACAUCUUAUGGACUGAAUGCAGUGAGUGUUGUUUUGGAUUUCUGAACUUCACGCCCAGACGCUCAGGAGAGAAAAUGUGGAGAUACACGAACUUGUUUGCCUGCCUGCUGGUUUUGUGUAAGGAUGCGUCUUCACAGAGCAAGAUCUUUGGCGAGACAGAGCCUGUUAGGAUGACAUCAGAGGGCUCAGAUUGCCGCUGUAAAUGCAUCAUGCGCCCUCUAAGCAAGGACGCCUGCCUGCGGCUGCGGAGCGGCAGCGUACGUGUGGAGGACUUCUACACGGUAGAAACCGUCAGCUCCGGAUCUGACUGCAAGUGCUCGUGCACGGCCCCGCCGUCCUCCCUCAACCCCUGUGAGAAUGAGUGGAAGAUGGAGAAGCUGAAGAAACAGGCUCCUGAGUUACUUAAGCUCCAAUCUAUGGUGGACCUCCUUGAGGGAACCCUUUACAGUAUGGAUCUUAUGAAAGUCCACUCCUACAUCAACAAGGUGGUGUCUCAGAUGAACACCCUCGAAGAGACAAUCAAGACAAAUCUCACGCGAGAGAAUGAAUUUGUCCGGGACAGCAUGACGAGCCUCACCAACCAAUUUAAGAGAUAUGAGAACUACUCCAACAUUAUGAUGAGCAUCAAGAAGGAGAUCUCCAGCCUCAGUCUGCAGCUGCUUCAGAAAGACUCUUCUGAGAACAAAGCACAGGGUACGAAUGAUGAGAAAACCAAGGAGACUGUAAAACUAACCAACAAAAAGGGCCCUGCAUCCAAACCCCCUCCCAAAACGCCCAAAGAAAAGGUUGUAAAGCCCAAGAAAGAGGUCAUUAAACCUGGAAAGGCGGUCAAGCCUGACCCUACAGCCAAAGCCAAAGUGGUUGGCCACCAGCCUGGCGUCGUGAGGGGCAUCACAUACUACAAAGCUGCCAAGACCGACGAGGAUGAGCACAGAGGAGAUCACUCUGCCAAAUCGUACACAGUCCAUCAUGUCACGGAAAGCCGGUCUGAGGACGGAGGGGCUGAGAUGGUUCUGGAAACCGUGGAGGGUGCUGCGGCUGAACCCACCACUGCAGCUUCCACCACCACUACCACCAAAAGCACCACAACCACAACUUCCGCCACCACCACUACCACCACUACUGCACCCACUACUGUCACCACUCAAAGUUCAGCAGCUACUGAGAGACCAGCUCCAACCAUUGUGCUGCUGCUGGACAACUCCAACAACAACAGCCGGCCUAUUCUUCACAGAGCAGGGAAGAUACUCAACUGUGAAGGGACUCUGGCAUCCAUUGAGAAGCCAGAGAAGCAGCACAGUUAUGGGCGCAAUGAGGGGGCCUGGAUGAAGGAUCCCCUGGCCAAAGACUCCAAGAUCUACGUCACUAACUAUUACUACGGCAACAACCUGGUAGAGUUCCGGAACCUGGAAAACUUUAAACAAGGCCGUUGGAGCAACCUUUUCAAACUGCCUUACAACUGGAUAGGCACAGGCCAUGUGGUUUACAAUGGAGCCUUCUACUACAACAGAGCCUUCACCAAGAACAUCAUCAAGUACGAUCUGAGGAUGCGAUUCGUGGCGGCCUGGACACUGCUGCAUGACGUGGUUUACGAGGACACCACCCCCUGGAAAUGGCGGGGCCAUUCAGACAUUGACUUCGCAGUGGAUGAAAGUGGCCUGUGGGUGAUCUACCCUUCAAUGGACUACGACUACAACCAGCAAGAGGUGAUCGUCAUCAGUAAACUGGAUCCCGGAGACCUGUCCUUGAAAAAGGAAACCACCUGGAGGACACGUCUCAAGAGGAACUCGUACGGGAACUGCUUCAUCAUCUGUGGCGUCUUGUACGCCGUCAGUGUGUACAACCAGAAGGAAGGUGAGGUGAACUAUGCUUAUGACACCCACACCAACAGUGAUGCCAUCCCACGCUUGCCCUUCACCAAUGAGUACUCCUUCACCACACAGAUUGACUACAACCCUAAGGAGAAGGUUUUGUAUGCCUGGGACAAUGGCCAUCAGCUCACAUAUCGGGUAAACUUUGCUGACCAGUGAGCACAGCUAGUUUGUGCCACAAAUACAGUAAUCUCACAGUAGGCCUGCCAGUAUGGCACCUAAGUAGAAAGAUGAUGCUCAGUAUUUGACAGCCUAGAAGCGGCCAUAUUGGUCUCAACCAGACAAAGGAUGAACCUACACCAGCCUUCCAGUACCAAUGCAUGCUAUUCAAACACCUGACCUCACAGUGUACCAAACAUACAUGUCUCAAACAUGUAUUGGGAUGUGUUUGUACAAUAUGUCAAUGGAAUGGAUAGAGAACUGUGGAAAUAAUCUUACGGGUUGAGUUGAAGCUCAACAGGUAGAGCUAAUAUAGACUUCUUUACAUGUUGAUUCAUGAAAUGUCAGCAGGCUGGCUAACUAGCGAACAGAUAGCUUGAAUAGUUUAAGGGAUGGACUGUAAAAAGCUUGGAUUUGUGAUAUGGCCCAUUAGUUUCUGAAGGGAGAGAAUUUGACUCUUGCAUGUUAGAUUUACAACUAGAUGCCAUUUUGGCAGUUACUGAGGCCUGACAACCCAAAUUUGGGCAAAGAGUGGGGAGACUGGUGGAGCUAAAGAAGCAUGAGAAAACAGCACCAACAACAACUGAGAGCAAUAAGCUCAUGUCAAUUAAGAUAACUCCUUCCCCAACAUAAGCCUUAAUAUCUCUUUAUCUCAUAUCUCUUACUGGUUUAUAUUUUUUCAAAUCUAUCUUAACACAGUACUUACAGGGCUAUCUGCAAGUUGAAAGAAGUUUUGGCUGCUGUAAUCAUUCCUCUUGUCCAUACUGGCCAUGAAGUGAUCUCUUCCUAGUGCAACAACACUGUAAAAGAUGGCAUACAAAAUCCCACUUGAUUUGGCUAACUCAGACUGCCGAAGCCUCAUUUUAGCUUUGGCUGAACUUUAGAAUGCACUUUUGCACAGAAUUAGGAUUUUGUCCCCCAUUUCUUACAGUGGAGUUCCACUAGGACACAAUCACUUCACAACCAGUAUAGACAGGAGGAAAGAUUACAGAAACCAGUAACUCUUUAAACAUACAUUUGGACAUGUGAGUAUUGUCUUAAAACAUAUGUUAAAUAUUAUAAAAAUACUUUUAAAAAUUGCUUCUAAGACACAUAGUAAAGAGGUGCAAUGAUCAAGAGAGAUUGAGGAAAGAGAAAAGAGAGGAGUUCAGUCAGGGACAGUUAGAUGUGGUGUAAAAAGUUUUGCAUUUUGAGAAAGCUCUCAAACAAUCUCAAACAAGCAGCAAGGAUUCUGCUGGGACAACUAAUUGCCCCCAAACAAACACAUCAAAUCUUAAUAAAACAAAUGUUUAAAUUAACACUUAAGGAAUUUGAUUGGAUGUUAGUAGUCAGCGGGUAUCCGAGAAGCUGAUCUGUGAGCCGAUGAUUAUAAACCAUGAAUGAAACAGCAGAUGGCAAUCAGCCAAUAGUUUUCAAUGGAAUCAGUUCAAUGCAGUCAGAGUGUAACCAAAGCCAGCAUCUAAUUUGCAUUGCCGUCAGUAUUCAGCCAUGGUGAUUGUCAAUUGGUUUGAACUUUCAAGGUCAGCUUACCUAACUAGCUAGUCUAAAUCAUUUUGCAUGGCUAGAUCUCUUAUUUUUGCAGUGAGUAGCAACCGUGCCAGGCUUCUAAUCUUUCAUGCCUCCUGUUUUAACUUUUGCUUUUCAACGGGCUUCAAACAUUUUACAAAGCUAAUGUCAUUUGGCUCCUCCCCGUGACAUUUAACUCAACCAAUGAGAUUAUUUCUGCCUUCAGAAUAGUUCUAUCUCUGAGAAAUGUUUGUAAAACUAAAUUAUCAGCUAUUGUUUCACUUGCCCAUCAACUCCAUCCUGUCACCAAGCACUUUGAUCAUGUUUCUGCUUUGUUUAUUAUUCCGGCCUCAUGAUACUUCCUGUCUCUUUACUGUUGAUGUUGUUCUGAGGGGUGUGUUGAAUAUACUAUGAACUCCAAAAAAAACUAUGUACACAAGUUUCUAAGCUUAAAUUUUUUUUAUAUUUACAUGAAUUCAUUUGACAAUUAAUAUCAUACAACUUUUUUUCUAUUUUUUGUUGUUGUAUGAAAGCAUGCAGCUUUUGUCAUUGUUCAUAACAUUUGCAUAACCACUUGACAUUUGUCACAGUUAUUGAAUAUGUUGUACAUUUUCACAACCAAGGAAAUUAACAACCAUGAUCAGUCAUGCUUGUACAAUAUGUGCACUGUACCAUUAUCUGUGCCAUGUUAAAUAAUGGACACCAUAAACCAUAAAUGUUUUUAUUUUUGACAAUGACUGACAGUACUGUGUGAGGCACAUAAUGGGAAUGGUAAGUUUUAAGACACAUAAGAUAACUCUUACAGCACUGUAUAGUGUUGCCUUGGUCUUGCACACUUUUCAUAAUUCAUAACUACAUUAUUUUGAAUUUUCAAAUUAUCAGGAGUGUUUUGAGUGUGUUGAGUUUAUUCUGAAAGGGCGUGCUGAUUGCAAAAAAAGUAAUUUGUUCAACUGCAAAGUCUUUAUACAUACUCAUGAAAUAUAACACAACAUUUGAAACUAGCUGUGCGUGUGUCUGUGCUAUGAAAUAAAAUUUCCAUU